AUGAAUUACUCCAUUACAAACUCUGUUCGUGGCGAAGUUAUUGCGGCAGUGCUUUUGGCAUUAGAUUACCUUAAAGCCUUAUUAUUCCGAGGACGAACGACAAUCUCUAGUAGUCUCUCUCUCUCAUUUGUUUUGUCUAUUCUUGCUGCCAUUGUCAGUAGUCUCUUUGUAACACUAAGACUACGAGGGGCUUUUAGAAAAAGACUCCAACAUCAACAACAACAUCAACAAGCAGAAGAAGAAAUUCAGCAUUCUUCUCGUAUGAAAAAUCCUCUUCAACGGGGUAUUAAUAAUUAUAAUGGUAACAACAAUAACAAGAACGAGAACAAGAACAAGAACAACGGUAAUAAUAGCAAUAGUAAUAAUGCCAGAGUAACUGACAAGUAUUCCUCUGAGAGAAGGGAUGAGUUUUUUAGCUCGUUGAGAGACUCGAAACAGGAAGACUUUGAUGCAGAUGGUCAUGUUCAGAUGCUAUUAAAACACUUUCGAUCUUCUGCAACCGCCGUUUAG